GCGUGCGGCUCGUUUGAAGUUCUCAGAGGAAGAAGGGCAGGGAGCAGAAGGGAAGGGAGGUACGUAACGAGUCAGGUUGAAACAUCAGGCGAUGAUUGUCAACCGACAUGUAACAGAGAGAGGACAUGUAUCAAAGAAAAGCUCGAGCGACAAAGUUAUGAGCACGAAGUUUACGUGAUCCUCUAUUUCGUGUGUAUGCUUUGUCUUUCGGCUGAAAUCUUUUCCAUCAGGUUAGAAACCAGGCAGCACACAAAUAAUAUCCACAAAGAAAACGGAGCGGGGAGAGCUCAGUUUCAUCUUGGGUAGAUAUCUUCCGAUUCAAUCUAAAACCUCUUGAAGCGCAGCAAGCCUGAGACGUCAUCCCGGCCAUGACGGACGUGAGCCCACAAUGCUUGCAGAUCGAGGGAUUGCAGUCAACAGAUGACGAGGAGAGUUUUGAUACUGUCGAGAUACAGAGAGCCAAGAGCGCAGACACUGAUGAAGGCUCUUUCUACAGUGACAACAAGUUCGUUGAAGUUGAGGCUCUUGUUCCGUUCCCGCAUCCUCCUCAGCCAGAGGGGUCCAUCGAGAGUGUCUUGGCAGCUUUGAAAGCGCAUGGAAUAAGUCCUGACUUGUCCUCGUGGUGUGACAGAGCAUGCGUCAUCAGGUUCCUGCGCGCCGAGAACGGCAACGUGGCUAAGGUGGUGAAGAGGAUGCUAGUGACGAUGGAGUGGAGGAACAAGACCCAUCCUGAGAACGUGGUGUGCCAAGCUUGCAUCAAGAACCACCGAGCUCAUGACCUCCGUCUCAUCGACAGCGACCGCUACGGCAGACCCGUCCUGUACAACUGCUUUCGUUGCUGCGACGCAAGGGAGCCGACCGUCCUUCUUGCUCACUUCACCCAAGAGAUCGAGCGAGCCAUCGCUGUCAUGCAAGCGCCCGUGGAGACCAUUGUGUGGAUCUGCGACUUCGAGGGGUUCGGCAUGCGGGAUGCGAUGGACCCGAGGUUCUCAGUCUCUCUGAUCAACAUGUUUCAGACCCACUAUCCCGAGCGACUCGGAGCGAUCGUCUGCCUCGAUGCCCCUCGUUUGUUUUCUGGCUUGUGGUCACUAGCGAAGCGUCUCCUGUCCCCCUCCACUCAACGGAAGAUUUACUUUGCAAGGGGGAUGACAGCAAGAGAGCAAGUCGCUAACGCCUUGUUUCAUCCCUCCACCGCCUCAUGGCUCAUCGCUCACAUGAAGGACAACAGGGUCAAGUCAAAGGUCAAGGCUGCAUGGAAGCUGCCGCAUAGCAUGCCUCCUCCGCAUAAGCACGCCAGUCAGACCAAUUGA